UUGGUUUUAUUAUUUAUUUAUUCAUUCAUUCAUUCAUUUUGUUUCUUAUUUGUUUAUCGAGAUUCCCUUCAAAUUGUGAGAGGGAGAGAGAGAGAGGGUGUUUAUGGAUGGAUUAUAGCUAUAGAUGGUAGCAUAGGUUGUAAAGGGUAGAGAGAACCAAAGAGGAAGGUGAAUUCAUUGCAGAUUUCUAUGAGAAUUUAUGGCUUUUCUUCAAGGCAGUAAUUAAAAGUGUGUGUUGCGAUUCUCUCCAGUUAGACUCUCUUCUUCUUCCUCAGCGCCAUGGAGAUUGGCAACCUACAAAGAAGAUACCUUGACUUCGCUUCAACUCUCUUCCAUGAGGGAUUUUUGGACAACCAGUUCACCCAGCUGCAGCAGCUGCAGGACGAGAGCAGCCCUGAGUUUGUUCUUGAGGUCGUCACUCUUUUCUUUGAGGAUUCUGAGAAGCUCCUCGAUGAGCUAAGCAGGACCCUCAACCAGCAGGCUGUGGAUUUCAAGAAAGUGGACGCCCAUGUUCAUCAGUUGAAAGGCAGCAGUGCCAGCAUUGGAGCUCAAAGGGUUAAAAAUGUCUGUGUGGCCUUUCGCAACUGCUGUGAGGAAAUGAAUCAGGAAGGGUGCCUCAGGUGCCUCAGGCAAGUCAGGAAUGAAUACUUCCUGGUGAAGAACAAGCUGGAAACUCUCUUCGCGCUGGAGCAGCAGAUUGUGGCUGCUGGUGGAUCAGUCCCCAUGAUGUGGUAGUAGUAGUAGUAGUAGAAGAAGAA